UGCAUACGUUCCAAUUCCCCCACCCAUCCAUCUAUUCAUCCAUCUCUCAGUCUGGCCCAAGAUGGUUGACCAGGAGAUGAUUAAGCGGGUGGUGGACGAGGUCUCGGGCUGGCUCCGGGUGUUCGACGACGGGUCCGUCGACCGGACCUGGACGGGACCGCCUGAGGCCCUUUUCCUCAUGGAACCCGUCCCCUCCCACGACUACCCCCGCGAUGGCAUCACCCUCCUCGACCUCCCCGGCGAUCCAUCCCUCCGCCUCUACCUCCCCGAGCUGCCGCCGCAGCACGCUGCCGACGGGCGGAGGAAAGCGCUUCCCAUCCUCCUCCACUUCCAUGGCGGAGGCUUCUGUAUCUCCCACUUCUCUUGGCUCAUGUACCACCAGUUCUACGCCCGCCUCGCCCGCGCCGUCCCGGCCAUCGUCGUCUCCGUCGAUCUCCCUCUCGCUCCCGAGCACCGCCUCCCGGCAGCUAUGGACGCUGGCUUCCGCGCACUCCUCCACCUCCGCUCCCUUGCCCAAGCUCCACCGCCACCGCCGGAGGUGGCGGCUGACCCGGCGGAGUGCCUACGCGCUGGCGCCGACUUCUCCCGGGUGUUCCUCAUCGGGGACAGCUCCGGGGGGAACGUCGUGCACGAGGUGGCGGCGCGUGCGGGCCGGCUGGAGGAAGAGCAGGAGGGGUUCUGGUCACCGCUCAAGGUGGCGGGCGGUAUUCCGCUCCACCCGGGGUUCGUCCGGUCGAGCCGGAGCCGGUCGGAGCUGGAGGUCCAGUCGGACUCGGUUUUCUUCACCCUGGACAUGUUGGACAAGUUCCUGGCGCUGGCGCUGCCGGAGGGGGCUACCAAGGACCAUCCCUACACGUGUCCGAUGGGGGAGGCGGCGCCGCCGCUGGAGGAGGUGAGGCUGCCGCCGUUCCUGGUGGUGGUGGCGGAGAAGGACCUGAUCCGCGACACCAAUUUGGAGUACUGCGAGGCCAUGCGGGGGACCGGGAAGGAUGUGGAGGUGUUGGUGAACAAAGGGGUGAGUCACUCCUUCUACCUCAACAAGGUCGCCGUCGACUUGGACCCCACAACAGGCAAGCGGACGGAGGAGCUCAUCCUGGCCAUCAAGGACUUUAUGGACCGCCACUGAUCGCCUCCCGCCCACCAAAGGCAGAAGUUAGUAAAAUAAAGUCGUGUGCUGUAAGACAGGUGGUGACGUGGGAAGAUACUUUUUCGUUUCCCAAUCGAUGGCAAACAAUAAAAAUCAACCCUGCAACAUCACCACCAUUUUGUAUUUCUUUCCUUUUGGAAAUAAGUAUUCUGUAUGAGCGAUUUCUGCUAUGCUUGCGAUUGCGCCUU